AUGGCGCUCAACGCCAAUAAUUUCAUUCUCGAACUUCAAAAUUAUCUCUUGAGCGGCUUGAGAUCUCAGCGGUCGCCCGGAAAGAACAGCAAAAGAUAUUGGCGGUCAUGCAAUGUAUUGACGCCUUGUCAAACGAAUCCCGAGCGAAUCAAAGUAAUUAUCCACAUCAGGGUUGCUCGAUCAACGAUCCACAAAAAGCGACGUUCACAAAUUCGGAGUGGUCGCCUGGAAAAAAGGCAGUGGAAGGGGCCGCGUGAACCCUUCCCCGUCCUGACAGACGCAAUUCGCAUCGCUCAGGGUGCGACAGAGGAAGACGCGCUCCUGGCGGAUGACAGAUUGGCAAUCCAGAGCUCCUGCCAAGCUCUCAGCGUCUCUCAAACGGCGUAUCCUUGGAAUCGCGAGGGGCUGGACUCCCCAGCACCCAUGGUGAUACACUAUGGGGGUUUCAUUGACCAGAUGGUCGCACCCUUGUACUCAUCACCAAGGGAUGACUGUUCAGAAGAACUCGUCCGUCAGAUGGCGGCGCUACAACUGUCGUCUCCAUCAAACGACAUUCCUGAACCCCAAUUCAUCCACCUGAGGCGACGGCUCCCAUGGUACAAGACAUUUUUUCCUCCAAGACAGGUGCGAGAGAUCGAAGACGCCUUUGCCAAGAUCUCAUCCAAACGAGAUCAGUACAAGCGACAACAACUCAGAAAAAGGCACCGUGAAGUCAUCGCGAUCCAGUACCUGGAAGCCGUCAACGACCCAACGACGGAUGAAGACGAACUUCGGAUCAGGAUGGCCGAUCUUUCGUGCACCUUUUACCCUCGACCGGAAAUCGAAUGGCCAGGGAUCGACUGGACCAGCAACAUCACACCGACACGGAUCCCAGCAAACGCCAAAUGUCCCCACCGUCCGCAGGCACCAGAGCACCUUAUGGCUGCCAAGGUACCGCUUCACAAGAGAUACAAACCCAAGACGCCGUUGUUGAAGACUGUGCUGUGUCAGAAUAUGCGGAACUCGCUGGUCGACGGCUUUCGAGAACUUCGAGAUCGACAGGCCGCAGCCAAAGCAGCCAAGGUUGAGCCGAUCGAUGUCGAGACAAUCGAGGCUGUGGAGGCUGAUCUACGCUGA